AUGGUCAAGAUGGCAGCGCCUCGAGGCAUGACCCAGCCAGCCACGGCUUAUUUUCCAGAUGCAGAAGAGCCAUCGACGUUACCCGUUUCCUCCCCCGAUGACCCCAUCAUGAUUUUAAGCCCCGAACUCCUGGGUUCGGCUCGUUUGCCUCCCAUGUCCAGUCAAGAACGCCAACAAUACAUUGAUGGCUUUACCAUCAAAGCCAAGUAUGUUGGCACCAUCGAGGUGCCCGAGAGCCGAGGAGAGCAAAUGGCAAUUACUGCCAUCAACCGCGUGCGCGCGGCGCACAAAGCCAGCAAGGAGCAGAAGCAACGCGUGUGGCUGGCCAUUUCCACUGCUGGUCUCAAAAUCAUGAACUUUUCCCAUUAUACCAUUCAAGACUCAUAUGCCCUAUCGCAAAUUUCUUACACCACCUUGCUGCCGAGCAAUCCCCAAGUCUUCUCCGUCGUCACCGCCAACACUUCGGUUCAACCGCCCGUUUACAAAUGCCAUGUCUUCAAGAGUAAGAGCCGAUCACGAGAGAUUACCACCCUGUUGGGCCGCUGCUUCAGCAUUGAAUUAGAGGAGCAACGGAAGCGCAUUCAAGAACGCAGUCAAUAUGCUUCACGAGCAGCGACGCCUCAGGGGGGAGCUCGAUCACGCGCAGCCACCUCAAGUGCGGGUUAUCGCCCUGUGCAGCCUCGUUCGCGGGCCAGCACUCUCAAUGGCAGCGGUGGCAGUAGCAGCUUUCCCGCCAUCGUGAGCGAAAUUCAUCGCAAGAUUGAGCAGCUGCCCAUCAAUUCCGCAGACUCGGCCUUUUUGCAGAUUCGACUGGACCAGCUCUCCGACUUGUACACGCACGCGCAAAAUCGCCUGGAGGAGACCCAAUCGCGGUUGAUGCAUGAGCGUAGCUUGCGACGCCAGUCCCAGGCUUGAGAGACAUGCUUGCGUAGGGGCCUUGUGAGUGAGCCUUGUUGACUCUAAAGACCCUUGUGCAUGACCGCAGGCGGUUGUGUUCUUGUUCUUAAAUUCCAGUCUUCCAAAUUCAAUUGCUGAAGCAGGGCAGGAGCUCACCAUGCCAUUAUAUUCACAAAUCUGCCAGCCUACGCAGGCUGGCCAUCAACACCAAUGUCCCAGUGCCAUCAAAGACCAAGACAAAACGAACAAGCAUGCCACUAUAAAAUGAUGGCACAUAAAAAGCACUCAGAUACAGCAGGCAAGACCGAAACGCGAACGAGAAAGCGGGGCAGAAAGAGCCCCAGCGGAACGCAACACACAAAUCACUUAAGACUGCCCACGCCAACCACAAAGGCAUCCAAACAACAACAACAACAACAUCGUGGGGCAGAAAAAAAAAGGAAGGGGGGGGGGGGGGGGGGGGGGG